AUGUCGUCAGCUCCCUCCGAUGUUAAGUUGACGCUGGAGCGAACGAGCUCCACACUGCUUCAGCAAAUAGAGGCACUGGAGAAGAGGACUUCCGAACUAAAAAGAAGUCGCGAAGCUCUGGAAGCAUCCCACAAGAAGCAGCAGGAGGAGAGCAAGGAUGGUGCACCAGUUGGAAAGAUACCAGACGGAGAAGAUGAGGAAGACAGGAACAAACUCCCGCAAGUUCUUGGAGAUGAAAGUAAGCAAGCCAUUUUGGUCGAUCCCCGGCGGUGGGCGCGGGAACGCUUGGCGACUGCUUUGCGGGAGCAGGGCGAGGAGCUAGAGCAGAAGCAAAAAGCUUCUAGCCCACCGCCUGCAUCUGCUGGUGCAGCACCUGCACCAGCAUCUACAUCAGAAGGACAAGCAGCAGCCACUACCUCUCCGGGCACAGUACCGCCGAAAAUGAACGUGGCUGUAGGCGAAACUGAUGGAAACUCUGCGGUGGCUGCAAAGGCGAGCACCCCUGGCACGCUGGCCAAAGCCACCAGCAUGGUGAAAGGAGGCAUGCCGAAUCCUAGCAGCAUGGGUGCAGUUGCAAAGGGCGCUCCGCCACUUGGAGCCGGUUUACCAGCUUUGACCGCGGCAUCGCCUGGACUGCCCAUGGCCACGCUCCCCAUGCCUUGUGGGUCCGGGCCAAACGGAGCUGUUUUGCCGAAGUCCUUCAUGCCAAAACUGCCAGGCAUGCCCGGGCUGGACAUGGGGUGCGGCGGGUCCACCAUGCCUUGCAUGGGCGGCUGCACAGGUGGGGGCAUGGGGCCUGGGCCUCUGGGCAGCGGUGGUGGCUUGUGUCCUGCAGGGCCCGCCGGCGGCACGGGGACGAGUGGCAGCCCUGAGGGCGAGGGUGACGAAAUGCAGCAGCAAAUGAUGCUGCAGAUGCAGAUGCAAAUGCAGAUGAUGAUGAUGGGUGCCAUGAUGGGGUCCAUGCUGGGCGAGAACGACGACAAGAAGAAAGGCAAAAAGAGAAAAAAGGACAAAGGAAUCGAUUUACACGAUGUCGACGAUUUGCCGCCUGGCGCUUCCAGCGACGCGAAUCAUCCCAGCUACAGGCCACCUGACAUGGAGCAGAUGCCUGGCAUCACAGACAGGAGAUUUGAAGGACGGAUUACGAUGUGGUUCGAGGACAAAGGUUACGGCUUCAUCGGCAAUGAUGAUUUGAAACAGAAGUUCAAUGGCAUGGAUGUUUUCUUGCAAAAGAACCAGAAGCGGCACUUCAAUCAAGGCGACCAAGUGAUUUUUAGCGUCUUUAAGAACUAUCGAGGUCAGCCGCAGGCGACGGAGUUAAGAGCAGGCAAAUCCUCCCUGGGAUAG